AAUCUUCAAUCUUCAUCUGUAUCCGCGCCUCGUCAUCCUCGGAAACCAAGAAAGGAAAAUCAAGAUCCGUUCCCAAUCUGGGAAAGAAACCAGGAAAUCGCCACUCAGCGAUCCAUUGGGUCCCACUUUAGCUCUUCCCUUCACAGACCCACUUCCCGUGAAUCCGCAAUUUCGCUCUCCUGAGCAGUAACCGCCAUCUCCGUUUCCCCACUCCGAGCUCAGCAAUGGCCGAGGUUCUCCACUCGCCCUCCCACUUCCCGUCCUCCCCGGCCUCCCCACCUUCCUCGUCCUCCUCCCUGUCCUGCGCCCCCCGCCCCGGCGGUGACGCCGCCCUCAGCGCCCCGCCCUCGCCGCCCUCCUCGGCCGCCGCGGACUACGGCGACGACUCCGCGUCGGCGGCGGAGGAGGAGGAGGAGGAGGCAUGCGAGGGCUGCAAGGAGGAGGGGGAGGGCCGGGAGGGUGACCAGCUCUCGCUGCUGGCGUUGCUGUUCGCCAUCUUUAGGAAGUCCCUCGUCGCGUGCAAGAGCGACCGGAGGGAGAUUUGCGCGAUGGAGAUCGGGUGGCCGACCAACGUGCGCCACGUGGCCCACGUCACCUUCGACCGGUUCAACGGGUUCCUGGGUUUGCCCGUCGAGUUGGAGCCCGAGGUGCCCACGCGAGCUCCUAGCGCCAGUGCACAUGUUUUUGGAGUUUCGACGGAAUCCAUGCAGUUAUCUUAUGACUCUAGAGGGAACAGUGUGCCAACAAUACUGCUGCUCAUGCAACGAAAGCUGUAUUCUCAGGGAGGUUUACAGGCAGAAGGUAUUUUCAGGAUAAAUGCAGAAAACAGUCAGGAGGAGUCCGUUAGAGACCAAUUAAAUAGGGGAGUUGUACCUGAAGGCAUCGAUGUGCAUUGCCUAGCUGGACUUAUCAAGGCAUGGUUUCGAGAACUUCCCACUGGUGUGCUGGAUCCUCUUUCUCCAGAGCAAGUAAUGCAAUGCCAGACUGAGGAAGAAUGUGCCGAACUUGUGAGGGUUCUACCUCCAACAGAAGCUGCAUUACUGGAUUGGGCAGUCAAUCUUAUGGCUGAUGUAGCGCAGAUGGAGCAUCUAAACAAAAUGGAUGCGCGCAAUAUUGCCAUGGUUUUUGCUCCAAAUAUGACUCAGAUGGCAGAUCCCUUGACUGCUUUGAUGUAUGCUGUCCAAGUGAUGAAUUUCCUCAAGAUGCUAAUAAUAAGAACCCUGCAACAAAGAGAGGACUCCUCAGUGGAACCAGCUCGGCCUUCCAGUCUCGAGCCUUUUGAUGAGAGUGGACACCAGAGUCCUUCCCAGCCCUGUCUAGGAGUUUCUGCCGAGGACAAUGAAGAACGCGAGCAAGUUUUCACUGCUGAAGAACCCGAUAUAGAUGGCUCCUCUAACUCAGAUGAAAAGGCGAGCAUCACUGAAGAAGAAUUAUGUCGUCAUGAGGAGGUGAUGGAACUCGACAUUCUUAAAUGUGAGACAGAGGCCAAAAUGUUUGAUACUACUAAGACUGGAAUCCAAGAGGAUGGAAGGAAGGCCAGCUUUGGCCAAUCUAUUGAGACAGACUUUGAGAAGGGUCCUACAUUUAUCGACAUUUUCAAAUGUGAGACAGAGGCCAAAAUGUUUGAUCCUACUAACACUGGAAUCCAAGAGGAUGGGAGGAAGACCGGCUUUGGCCAAUCUAGUGAGACGGACUUUGAGAAGGGUCCUACAUUUUUGGACUUGCAUCAACCUGCAUUCCAGGUGACAAUGCCUGUAGAGAAGAGCCUGGUAAUUGGCAGCUUAAGCCGUAUAGAUUCAAGAACGGAGUGGAUUGAGGCAUGGAGAUGAAAUGUUUCUGCACUUCUAGGAACAAGCUUCUAAUUGUGUAAGUUUGUAUGAAUCGGAGUCGGGGGAGGUUUUGUGAAGAAUUUAUGUUUUUUUUUUUCACGGUGCCAUGUCUUAGGAUUGUUUGAAACUGUUUGAUGUUGCGACAACAUUCCACUUGUGAUCAUACUAGCUCAGUGGAGAUUCACUCGUC